AUGCCCCUGAACGAGCAAGAGUACGUCGACAUCUCGACCAUCGGUAUCGACAAUGUAGCGCAUACACCAUCUCCUCUUCCUUCGUCCUCCGACAAGGCCACUGUGAGCUACUGGAUGGCCAGCACGUCUGAAGACCAGCUUCCGUCCUCGCUCGAGACACUUCCCAGUCACUCGGACGUGGUCAUCAUCGGGGCGGGCAUUACUGGCGUCUCCACAGCGCUUCAUCUUGUCGAAGCAGCGCCAUCGUCCAUCUCGUCGAUCACGCUGAUCGAGGCGCGCGGCUUCUGCACCGGUGCUACGGGCCGAAACGGUGGUCAUCUCACAGCUGUCUCAGCUCUCGCAUACACGGAUCUUGCUGCCAAUCCAAAUCACCUGCUCGGGAAAGUCGCGUCUAGUCUAACCGACGACGAGGUCAAAACAUCCACCGCUGCGGUGGUAGAACAGAUCCUGCAAUUCGAGUCGGAUACAGCUGCAGCCAUUCGCGCUCUCAUCGUCGCCGAGCAAGCCGACAAGGUGGUUGGGUUCACAGACGAGUCCAACUGGCACCUGUGCUUCUCGCACGCCGAGGUGGAGGCUUUCGAGCACUCGCUCGGGCAAGCGGGUGAGCAUGCGGGGCUGGGCAGGUUCGUCAACCAGGUGCGGCGCGUGCCGACAGACGAGGUGGAUCGACGCAUGAACCGGCCAGCAGGGGUGGUUGCGGUGUACGAGAUACCAGGGGCCACGCUGCACCCUCGUUUGUUGGUCAUUGUCAUGUUCAAGCGAGCACAACGGCUAGCCAGGGAGAAAGGGAUCGCGUUGAACCUCGUAACGCACCUUCCGGUGCUCCAAACCAGAGCCUCGGUCACAGGAACGAUUCUAUCGACUGCGAAAGGCGAGAUCGAGGCGAGGUACGUCGUGCACGCCACCAACGGGUACGCUUCGCACCUGCUGCCCGAGUUGAGCGGGACGAUCAUCCCCACUCGCGCGCAGGUCGUCGCUGUCCCGCCCAAAAGUGGGGCGAGAUGGGGCAUGGGACUGAGCGCCGGUGGAGGGUAUGAAUAUGGCCAUGCCCGUCCCGCCUCCAAGUCUGGGCUGUACAUCUUCGGUGGCGGUCGGGAGCACGCUACCGGACGCGAAUGGGGCGUAGCCGACGAUUCAAAGCUCAACCACGAGGUGUCGGACUUUUUACAUCCGUGGUUGGCCAAGACUUUCCCGACCUCGUACGGCGAGGACGUAGAGAGAGAAUGGACGGGCAUCAUGGGGUAUACGAAGAGCAAAGAUCCACUCGUGGGACCGGUGGACGGACGGAGAGGGAAAGAGUACCUCGCGGCGGGGUACAGCGGUCAUGGUAUGACUAGAGCGUGGGGCUGUGCGAAGGUGGUUGCUGAGAUGAUUGGCGCUGAUGCUGAGGGGAGGGGAUGGAGGAAGGGCGGGGGGUUUCCGGAUUGCUGUCUCACCAUGGCGGGGCGGGCGAUGUCGCCGGAGAAGGUUGACCGAGAGGCGACGCCGGUGGAAGCGGAGAUGCGGGUGGAGAAGGCACAUUCCACAUCUGCUUAUGCGGCACUCGAAGAGAAGGGGAUGCAAGGUGAGAUUGACCGCAAGUCUGGUACAUCAGGCAAACACGCUAGCUGCUGCACCGUGACAUGA